AUGUCCCUCCCCCGGACCCUUUCGAAGAGCCUGCGACUUUCGCACAGCACACCUUUGUCCCUGCGUCUGCAUCCUGCCACCGGCAGCACGAGCGUCCGCCAUGCCUCGCUGACCUCGGCCAUCCAUGCUGGGAUCCGUCGGUCCCGGUUCCGGGAGGAUAAGCUAGAUGGGGGACGAGAGGAACGGUCGGGGCGGUCGCUCAGACGCGAGGAGACCUCCCGGGAUGGAGACCGGUUUCCUUCAUUCCAGCGCGGGGAGAAGUCUCCCUUCCUGGGCCCGCAGUUCGACGAGGACGAGUUCAUUCGCUCGGGCAGCUUCAAGAAGCUUUCCCGGGAGGAGGAUAAGGGCGCGAGCGGCGACAAGAGCGGCCCCGACUACAAGCAGGGCCGGCGAGGCCGGGUUGCGUCUCUAGACCGAAGCGACAGCAGCACGCAGGACCUCCGGCCCUCGAAGCAGAAACCCGGCAACGCGCGGCGCAAGGUCGGGCAGUACACCCACGAGAGCACCGACCAGGUCCCCGAACGCGUCAAGGCGCACGUGCUGCCCCCGACGGAGAUCCCCUACACGACGCCGGCGUCGCAGUUCGUGUUCGGCACGGCGGCGGUCGAGGCCGCGCUGCGCUGCACGCGGCGCCAGCUCUACAAGCUCUACAUCUACCAGUCCGAGGGCGAGAGCCUGUCGGAGGCCAAGUCGGCGAUCCGCAAGCUGGCGCUGCUCAACAACGUGCCGGUCAAGAUGGCCUUCGCCGAGUGGGACCGGCUCCUCGACAAGAUGAGCGCGGGCCGGCCGCACAAUGGGGUCGUGCUGGAGGCCUCGCCCCUCCCGCAGCUGCCCGUCGCGCACUUCCACCGCGUCGCGUCGGUCACGGAGGAGAACUUCCAGGUCGAGCUGGGCGUGCAGUCGCGCGAGGAGGCCGCCGUCAAUGGCACGGACACCCUCGUGCCCAUCAACCAUGCCCGCUGGCUCGCCGAUAAUUCCGAAUCCAUGGACAGCACCCACCGCUACCCCGUUGUGCUUUUGUUGGAUGGCGUCCAGGACCCCGGCAACAUGGGCGCCAUCAUCCGGUCCGCGUAUUAUCUCGGGAUUGACGCCGUGGUCCUGGCGGGCCGCAACUCGGCCCCGCUGACGCCCGUCACCAUCAAGGCCUCCGCCGGCGCCGCAGAGAACAUGCCGCUGCUGGCCGUGCGCAACGAGCAGGAGUUCAUCACCCAGUCCAAGGAGAACGGCUGGCGGUUCUUCGCCGCGGACAUGCCGGGCCCCGCGUCCCAGGCGGUCGUGCAGAUCGGUGGCGGUACCGCGGAUGUCCCGGCGAUCGCGCAGGCGCCCUGUGUGCUGAUGAUGGGCAGUGAGGGGACGGGGUUGAGUAGCCAUCUGCUGUCGGCUGCGGACGCGAAGGUGGGCAUCCCCGGCGCGCGCUUCGAUCCGCGAUUGGGGGUGGAGAGUGACCCCGCGCGCGUGGACAGUUUGAAUGUCAGUGUUGCGGCAGCGUUGUUGAUGGAGCGGAUCCUACAGUCGCCGGUCAUGGUGGAUGAGUCGUCGGUGAAGAAGACGAAGAAGACGACGAAGGGGAGGAGUCGGAAGUAGGCGGGUUGUUUGGAUUGGGGUCUGCACUGUACAAUAUUUGCAUGAAUGAUUAUGUUUUGUAUACAACAAUGAGCAGAUGGACAUAAAAGCCGGACUUAUUUGCAUUGGUGGGUUUUAAAAGGACUAGACGAAUUCUUGAUAGCGCUGAAUACGCCAUGGAAAUACUUCAUCAUUC